AUGGCACCGACAUCGUAUACCGCUUUGGUGCAGUCCAAGGAGCUUUCGACGAAAUCGAGGCUGCCUCUUGCCAUUGCCCCUUCCUGCUCCCUCCCAGACUUGCCGUCACCAUACCACGUCCUCGUGCGGGUUUGUGCCGUGGCCCUGAAUCCUUCAGACUGGAAAAUGCCAACGUUCUUCUAUGCGGAGGGCAACGGGCUUGGCGUGGACUUUUGCGGCAUCAUCGAAGAGGCUGGCCCGCUUUCCACCUAUAGUCCCCAAGUCAGGGUAUGCGGCGCUGCCAACUUCCCAUACGCACCAAACGGUCCACGACGUGGCGCCUUUGCACAAUAUACCGUGGCCGACUCCCGAUGCUUGCUCAAAGUCCCGGAUGGAGUGACCGACUCCCAAGCGGCUGCUAUAGGGGGCGUAGGCUGGGGUACUUCGUGCUUGGCCAUCUCGGACUCGGAAGCGCUUGGUCUUGCGGCACUUCCGUCAAAACCAGCCGACAAGCCGAUUCCCGUGCUAGUCUACGGUGGAGCAACCGCCACUGGCAUCAUGGCUAUUCAGAUAUUGAAGCUCUCUGGCUAUUUACCAAUUUCUGUCUGUUCUCCAAAGUCUUCUGAGCUGGUCAGGAGAUACGGGGCCGUCGGGACAGCUUCAUACUUGUCUUCAACCGUUGCAGAUAUUAAGAAGCUGGCGGGUGGGGUUCCGAUCAAGCACGUACUCGACUGCAUCACCACUCCCGAGUCAGUUUCUCAUUGUUUCGAGGCCAUUUCGCGUGUGGGCGGCCGCUAUGCCUGUUUGGAAGCUAUCCCUAACGGCUGCACUUUGAGGCGAGCUGUUAAAGUAAAGGUAGUGAUGGGUUACGAGUGGGAAAGCUUUGACGUCGAAAUGAACCACCCGGUUUACUCACGGAAAGCAAACCCAGCAUCGGAGGCCCUUCGCACCACGUGGGUCAAGGAGAUUCAAUCCCUGCUAGACAAGCGAGAGAUCACGACCAAGCCGAUACGUGAGAUCAAUGGAGGGUUUGAGGGAAUCAUCAAGGGAUUGAAUAUGAUCUAUCGUGGAGAAGAGGGAGACAAGAAGCUGGUUGUGGGGCUUUCAUCCUAA